GUCCUCUCCCGCCCCCGCCGCCAUGGCGGAGGAGCGGGGCUGCUGCGCCGUCAGCGUCUCCGGCACCGAACCGGCCGGCGGCUCCUGGAGCUGCAGCGGGGUGGUGCUGAGCCGCGAGCCCGGGCUGGUGCUGUGCCAAGGUGCUGUCUUCUCUCCCUUCCUGCUGGGUGGGCCCGACGCCUGGGCGCAGCGCCGUGCCUUGCUGCCCGACGCCCUCCAGCCUUGCCUGCGCCUUAGCGUCCUGCAGUCCCCGGCCCUGGGCCUCGACGCCAGCGGCUUGCGGCGGCAUGAGGCCCGGCUCCUGGCCCUGGUGCCCUGCGGCGCCUUCCAGCAGGCACUGGCGCAGGUCUUCAGCCGAGCGGAGCAGUGGCGAUUCGGCGGGGAGGCGGACGAGGAGGACCAUCGGGCCCUGCACUGGUUCGCCUGGCUGCGGGUGCCCGGCCUUGACACUCCCCGGGGCGGCUGGGUGGCCCGAGCCAGCGCCAGCAGCCUGCGCAAGGGCGAGGUGCUGCUGGCCUGCGGUUCUCCCUUCGGUGCCCUCUGUCCCGAUCUCUUCCUCAACACCCUGAGCAAAGGGGUGGUCAGCAACCUGGCCGGGGAGGAGAACGCCCUCAUCCUGACAGACGCCCGCUGCCUACCCGGCACCGAGGGCGGCGGAGCCUUCCUGCCCUCGCCUGACGGACAAUGCUUGGUGGCCAUCAUCGCCGCCUCCUUCUGCUGGAAGGGAGCCGAGUGGGUCGGACUCACCCUGCUCUGCUCCCUCAGUGCCAUCCUGCACAGCAGCGCCAGCGUCCUGGACAAGUCCGGGGUGGUGGUGCCGCUGGUGCCGGGGCGGCUCGCUGCGGUGCAGGCCGGGGGCAGGCAGGACCCUCAGGGCUGGGUGGCUCUGGUGGAGUGCGGGGCGGCGUGGGGCUCGGGGGUGCUUCUGGCGCCCCGUCUGCUCCUGACCUGCCGGCACGUGGUGGAGGCGGGCGGCCCGCUCCGUGUCACACCAGGGCCCGGCCCUGGCCGGGCUGCCACUGUCCUUGAGGGACGCGUGGUGUUUGCCACUGAGGAAUCGUCCCCCUUUGAUGUCGCGGUGGUGGAGCUGGAGGAGAGUGUGCCAGCGUUCACCCCCCCGUGCUCCGCGGACACCUUCCUCCCAGGAGAGGAGGUGAGCGUGGUGGGCUUCGGGGCACUGGGGCGGGCGUGCGGCCCCUCGGUGACGGCGGGGGUGCUCUCGGCUGUGGUGGCAGUGGACGGGCGGCCUGUCAUGCUGCAGACAACAUGCGCCGUCCACGGGGGCUCCAGCGGUGGCCCUCUCAUCUCCCGCAGCGGACGCCUCCUGGGGAUCGUGGCCAGCAACACCCGGGACACAGGCGCGGGAGCCACAUACCCCCACCUCAACUUCUGCAUUCCCAUUUCCAUCCUGCAGCUCCCCAUCGCGUCCUAUCGCCGCACCGGCGACCCUGAUGCUUUUGCCGGACUCAACCGGGCAGGGGAGGGGGUGCGGGCGGCAUGGCGGCUGCAGCGGCAGCCGGGACCCCCGAGCAAGCUCUGACCACCCCGCUCCUGGGGAGGGGCUUGUGCCGGGGUCGGAGCUGUCACAUUCCCUUUUUGGCCCUGCUGGUCUCAGAGCCAAGUAUCUGGGUCCCCACAGGGGUUACCCAGUCCUGGGGUAGGGGAGGAUGGAAUGUGGUGCCUUUGCCAGCUGCUGGCAACCCCAAAUCUGGGAGUUUUGGGGGUUAACUGUCUUUUCUCCUUGGAGCCAUAAACGCUGUGAGUG